GGGAAGUUUUUACAUCUUAGAAAAGCUUAAGCAAGGAGAGUACCUCGUAUGAUGCUCAAUGAUAUGUGUUUUUGGUACUGCAUCUGAGAGCGUACAAUCCGGAACUACAUGCUCAUCACUCUCCCCAAUUAUCGUCUUCAUCAACAUCUGUUGUUGAACUACCUUCAUAAACCAAACGCUAACGACCCAAUUUACUUACGAUGAAAUCCACGUCCUCCAUUAUGAACCUGCUCGCUUUCUUCAUGACGAUCCUAUUCACGAUUUCGAACGCUGUCCCUGUCUUCAAGCGGGAUGUGUUCGUUCCUCCCAUCACUUAUCCGACUAGCACGACCGUGUGGAACAACGGAGAAAUUCACAAUGUCACUUGGGACAUCUCUCAGGCUCCUGUAAACAUCACAAACAAACUUGGCAGAAUUCAGCUUCGUCAAGACGGUCUCACCACUCCUCUGGUCCUCGCCGAUGGCUUUGACAUUCUUCUGGGAACCAUCAAUGUCACCGUGCCAUUGGUUAUCACAGCCAACAACUAUGAGUUAGUUUUAUUCGGAGACUCGGGAAAUUUCAGUCCUGAAUUCACCAUCAAUGGUGUCUCCGAGUAAAUUCUGGGGUCCAGUCUUUCAGUUUCUUUCAUGUUUCUUUCAUGCUGAGGCACUGAGGUUCAUAACUUUGGACAAUUUUUCCAAUGAUCAGUGGACCUU